GGCGGGCGCAGCUGUGGCGUAGCGUUGUGAGAGUGGGGGUGCGUGGCCCGGAGCCCCCUCCCCCGCAGGGGACCAUGCCCUUGGGCGCACCAUGGCGUCGGCCAGCGACGACCCGAUCGCGUUCUGGCUGAAGCUGGGCGCGCUCGACAAGCUGGAGCAGGCGCUGCUCGACGGCUACGGGGACCAGCUGCGAGGCCGCUCUUCACGCAUCCCGCAGGUGGCCCGCUUCCUCAAGCAGGUGCCCGCCGUGCAGGCGCAGAUGGAGGAGAUGCACGAGGGCGCCAUGCAGGGCCGCCUGGAGGAGGUGCGCAACCUGGCCGAGGAGCGCCGGCAGCUGGCCUACUGCCGCGACCAGCAGGGCGCCAGUCCACUGCACAAGGCCGUGCUUUUCCAGCAGCGCGCCCUGGUCGCCUACUUUGUGCAGCACUUCCCCGCAGUCAUGCACACUAGGGACCACCAAGGCAGGACACCGCUGCACUACGCUUCCGUGCUGCAGGACAACGGAGAGGUCUACCGGAUGCUAAAGGCAGCGGGGUCCGACGAGAACGCCACCGAUGUUUACGGCCACACUCCGGACUUCUAUCUCGACGCCCCCGGCGAGCUGACACUGGAGCAGCUCAAAGAAGGCACCUCGUCCAGCCGCUCCAAGAAGGCCAAACAUCGCAGAAGAAAGUCGGGUGAAAACAGCACUGCCAGCGUCCGUGGGUACUCCGCAAAGCCAGCCGGCCUGAAGGUACAGAUCCGCGAGAUCAUCGGCCAGGGAAACCUUGAGGCCCUUGAAGAGCUUGUUCUUCACGGCCACGGCGAUCGGUUGCUGGGCGAGACCAGCCCGAACCCGGUCGUGCAGGAGUUCCUGGACAUCGUGCCCGGAUAUAUCGAGCAAAUCAGCGACGUGCACCGCGCCGUGAUCCGGGGCCGGCUGCGGGAGGUGCAGACGCUGAUGAGCCACCGGUCGCUUUCGCUGGCGCGGGACUCGAUGGGCGCCACGCCCAUCCACAAGGCCGUCAUGCACGGCCACGUGGACGUCGCCCAGCAUCUGGCCGAGAACUUCCGCGACUCGCUCAGUGCCAAGGACAUCGAGGGACGAACACCUCUUCACUACGCGGCCGCACUCAGAGACGGUCGGAAGAUGUACAACAUGCUCAUCGCAGCCGGUGCUCCGACGGCAAUCGUAGAUAGCAAAGGCAAGACAGCUGACUACUACCUGCAGUAUCCUGAGAAGCUAGGACUGGAACAAAUCAUCAAACGAAAUCAGCUGGCCAACGCAACACACCUCGGCAAUACUGUCAGCAGGCUCAAAGCCCUCGCGCCUCCCUAUAUCCAAAAGACCAUGGUGAAUAUGCACGAGAGGUACCAUCAUUCUAAUGGCGCUUUGAACGGCAACCACGAAGGGCAUCUGAACGGCGAUGAUGAGUCGGAAGGCUCCCAAGACACGGUCGAGGAUAAAGCUACCCAUCUAGCCAGCCAGCAAGAAUCGCUAAAGAAAGUCAUGAUGCGGACGAAGCCCAUAUUACCUCCGGUGAUAUUGCCACGCCUGGAGGUGAACUCCGCCAACAUCCGCAAAUGGAUCGACGAGCAGGAUCUUCAGAAGCUCGAGGGUGCCGUAUUCGAAGGCUACGGUGAGAGGCUCGCCAAGGAACCUUCAGUCCGGCACGAGCAGGUGGAGCAGUACCUAAGGAAGGACGUUCCGCGGCUGCUCGAGCGCAUCCAGGCCAUCCACCGCGCGGUAUCCGACGACGACGUGCGCGCCCUGGAGAGCCAGCUGCAGAGCCCCGACUACGCGUUGGCCAGGGACCACCUAGGCAUGACACCGCUGCACCGCGCCGUCGUCCUCGGAAGGCACGACGUGGUGCGGCUACUCGUCGACCGCUUUCCCGAGACCAUCAACGCCAGGGACAGGGAAGGACGCACGGCUCUGCAUUACGCGGCGGCCGCUUCCCGGAGAAGCGGUCGUGCGGACAUGUACAGACUACUCUUGCAGAAUGGCUCAGACCCAAGGAUCAGGGACAACAGGGGCAAGUCGUCAGAAUUCUACAAGACGCACCACCUGCAACUGGCUCCUGAGGUCGCCCAGAUGAGCAGCAGUGCGAGAGACAAAGUAAGGAGUCGCUCGGAGCCUCCGGGGUCAAGACCACGGAGGAACUCUCACGCGUCCACGGCACUGAACGAGAAGCUGACGGCGGCGCUGCAGAAGGGUGAUCCCGCUGAGAUCCGCGAGCUCAUACUGGAAGGCCACGGCAGGCAUCUUCUGGGCCGCACCAGCUGGAACGAAGAGGUCCGCCACCUGCUCAAGAGCUUGCCCCAGUUCCUGCACCAAGUGAGUGCGACCCACGAGGCCAUCAGCAGUGGCGACCAGGCAAAACUCAAGGACCUGGCCGCCUCGGAUGCGCAGCUGCUGCGAGCUCGCAGCGAGCUGGGCUGCCACCCAAUACAUGCCGCCAUCGAGGCCCGAAACCUGGAGGCGGCGAGGCUCAUACUGGAUGCCUUCCCGGCCGCCAUAAACCUCAAGGCACCGCAUGGCCGGAACCCAUUGCAUUUAGCGGCACUUCGAAGGGAUCACGAAAUGUACAAGUUCCUCGUGGAUAGUGGAGCCGACCCAAAGGCAUUGGACCAGAAAGGGAAGACUGCGGAGUACUACCUAAAGAACAGCCGAAAACGGCGCUCAAGAUCCACGGCGUCGACGCACGACACGUCGCGAGAGCGCUCGUCCUCCGUGCGGGACACGAAGGCGGCCACCGUCGAAACAGCCGCGCGUAGCACCGAGCUCGAGACCAUAACGGUGCCCGCCGACAAAGGCGCGCUCGGAGCAGCCGGCGACGCUGCCGACGGCGUAAGCCACGGCGACGACAAAAGCGCCGAACGGGCCGGCGUCACGAACGAAGAGGCGACUGAGCCCGGCGGUAACGAAUCUGGCCAGAGUGGCUCGAGCGACGGAGUAGGUAAGGACUCUGCUACCCCAGCGUCGGCUUCCUCAGAGAGCGAUGCUGCCGCGGGCAAAGACGCGGUGGUCGAGGGUGCGAUGCUCGAAGCCGUUAUCGAUGGCCGAGCGCCGAACGCAGAGGCCACCGGCGCCCUCUCGAAGGACGGUCGUAGUGACCCGCAAGACUUGCCGGGAGAAGGCGCUGCUGAUGCAUCCUCCUCCUCCUCAUCCUCUUCUGAUUCCCCGCCCACUGUCGUCACUGCCUCCCCCGAUGAUGGUGAUGUUAGUAGAGUGAACAGUUCUGGUCUAAUCAGAGAAGGGCAGCGUACCUCUGGGGACGCUGAAACGGAAGUCGCCAAAAGAGGGACGGCUGGUGCGGGUGUCGAAGAGAUCGGUGGGGAGAAAUGUGGCGAGGAUGCAAAGAGUGUAGAAUCGAUGGAGCAGCGUGAAAUUGUCACAGUGAAUGAAGGUGUAACGCUUGCUUCGAAAAAUACGGUAAGCGAUACAAGUGCUAAUGGUCAAAGCCGUGCCGGUGAAGAGGCGACUGCUGACGUCACGCGUUCACAAGUUCAGAAUGGCGACGUUGCCGGUGACUUACCUGCAGAAGGAUACCAUCAGAAAAUGAGUCAGAGCGAGGUCGAUCAGAGCGCGGGCAGCAAAAGCGAAGCAGUAAUUGAGGAUGGAAGUAAAGAAUGUAACCAAGCCUAUACUAUCCUUACAAAUGGAAAUGAUGAUUUUAAACAAUUAAAGGAACCUGAACGUUUUAAUGAACUUCAAGGGUCACUAGAAAAUGACGCGACGCCUCACGCCAUGGAACAUGUGGAACCCCUUCAGGAUUCAAGAAGCGGAGGCGUUGCUGCUGAGCUGAACAGUGACGUAGACGUCAAACCGAGCAAGAACAACGGUGCCCGGAAAGCUGCUACUCCCGCUGACCAAUCGGACGGCUCUACAAACGGCAAGAAUCGUAGGGAAGGCUCGAACGUAGAAAACAUAAAAACAGAAUCUUCUACAACCGAGAGUGGUCUUGGAGGAAAGCGUGAAAGCUCUGCUGGCGUCAGUAAACCUCAAGCCGAUGUUAUAAAUCAAGGCAGUUAUACGCAAAGCGAAAGCGACAAGAGCCAAGCUAGUGGAGUCAUGCACGAUCAGCAGGCCAGCAGCUCAAAUGACAAAGAAAAUGAUCCUGUUUCCGAACAGCUGAAGCCUGAGAGGGCCUUGGUUCUCACUGGCCCGGGUAUUUUGAAAAAUGUGCUAAAAAACGAUCACAAUGCUAACUCUUCAGAUAAUACUUGUGUCGAUAAAGAUAAUUCAAAGGCCCAGGCGGAUACAAAAGAGGAUCAGCGCAUUGACCGAACAACUGGUACUGAACUUUUAACCAAGUCAAAUGAUAUAACGCUUGACCUUGACAAAAGCGACGACCACGUCAUCGUUCAUGGCAAAACUCAGGAUGAGAUGUCCAAGGCCCUCGCUUCUAGCGAAGCUAUGACAGGAGGUAUCGAGAACGCAGCCCUAGAAGUCGAUGGCUCUAAUUCUAAGGACCAAAAGGCCAGUAGUGAGAGUCAAGAUAGAAAACCUUUAGAAACUGUGAAGAAAGUUGAUCGAGGAGGGAAUGAGGAUGCCAACAAGCCACCAUCCAGCAAGGUCGGCAAGGAAUCAAAGCUUUUACCGGAUCACAAGCCAGCUGUUAAGCCAGUAGGUGCAAAAGAAAUAAAGAAGAAUGGAACACAGAACCCUCGAAGAAGCAGCAGUAUGGCGUCCAUGAAAGAGCACUUGGCUAAGACCUCGUCUCGACAUUCUUUGAAUAUGGAUGAAAAGAAUGUGUCAAAUGUAUCGAAGGGAACCAAACAGGGUUCAUUUGGCACGAGGACAACGAACAGUAGCAUGAAUAAAGCUUCAAGAAGUAACUCCGCAGCCAGACUUGUCACGGGCAAAUCGGGCACAGAACAGAGAAAAGGAGAUCAAGAUGGCACAAAACCGGAAGCAAACGGUUCCAUUGAUAAUCCUACCAUACUGACGAGCAGUAAUCAUGACCGUCAAGACGAUCCAGAUGCUCUACACAAGCUGACCGAGAAAGAGCCUGGCCGAGAAGAUGAACACGAAGGGAAGGAAGAGCAGGAAAGUGAAAUAACAAUCCGAACAGAGCAAGGAAUUAGAGAUCGCAGUGCUUCACAGUCGCAAAAAAGUAUGAGUGUCGCCGCUUUCGAGGCAACCAAGAAAGAAGUGUUGCAAGCUCAAGACUCAGUAGGCAGACAAGUUGCCAAUGAAGACACUAUAGCUACUCGCGUUCCUGAAGCGGUGGAAGAAAAUCUCUCAAGCGUCACACAAAAUGAAGCAAUGAAACAGCACGCAAAUGACAUUCAAAGCGUGGCCCAAAAGGCAGGCGCCUCUGAGCAGGACAAAAGCGUAACAAACGAACAAGAAGCGAGCUUUGGUGCAAAAGAAGACCGAAUAGAUGCGCAAGAACAAUCCAAUGAACAAGAAGUAGUGUCGAACAGUUCAGUUUCAUCUGUUGCAGCUAAGCUUUCCAAAGCAGUGGCUCCAAAAGACCAGGUUGGUGUCGACAGUGACAACGCACUCAAGAAAGAGCUGAAGUCAAAGCCACAGGUGUCGACCAACUCGCACGAGAAGCCGGAACCGAGAGAACCACGCCAGAGAAGCGCGGAAAAGCGCCUGAACAAUAAGGGGAGUAAAGUGUCAAGUAACACGUCGGCGCAACUGGAUCGAUUGAAUGAGCUCAUCGACGUUUGGAUCAAGGAAGGUGAUUUGCUGCGCCUCGAACACGUGGUCAUCGCGGGCCAGGGGGAGCGGCUACUUAACAAGACGUCCGGCGAUAAGCAAGUCCAAGAGUUCCUCGGACUCGUUCCCGCCUACAUGGAUCGCAUCCGGACGGUGCACGAGGCGGUGGUGAGCGGCAACAUGGCGCAGGUUCGUCAGGUGCUGACUCGCAAACGCUUCGCGCUCAGCCGCGACCGCCUCGGCGCCAGCCCCCUACACCUGGCCGUCCUGCACGGACACACGGACGUGCUCAACUACAUCGUCGAGCGCUUUCCCGAGACGCUAGACGGGCCGGACAACGAAGGGCGAACACCACUUCAUUAUGCAGCCGUCGUGCUCGAGGCCCAAAAUUACUUCGACAUUCUCAAAAAGGCUGGCGCUGACGAGACCAUCAAGGACAAGAUGGGGCACACGCCGGAAUACUACCUGAAGAAUCCGAAGGAGCUGAGCAUUAGGGACCUGCUCGCCAACUACCAGACGCCAACGGACGAUGACAAGUCGGCCAAGGCGGACGUGUGGCAGAGGCCGUCCACGCCCGCCGCAGCCGCGGAUGCGCCCGAAGCGUCAGCUGCCGUUCCGGAAGUUCCUUCGGCUCCAGUAGCUCCGGCCGUUAACGGAGGAGCGGCACAGCCGACCGUUCCUCCCGACGGAAAACCGCAACAGCAAGAGGCCGCUCCCGAGGUUUCAACAUCAGAGGCGUCGAAAACGACAAGCUCAGUACCUCCGGUGGAAGCCGCGCCGAACGCUGCGCCGGCGGCGCCGCCAGCGCCAGAACAAGUAGCUGCCCCACCGAUGCCAAUCGAGAAAGGUGUGCGACAGCCUGUCGACGAACCCUUACAAACGGCGGUCCAACUUCCACUGGGCGAACAUGCCGCGAGUAGAGCGACGGCUGCAACAGGCCAGCCAGUGUCAACAGCGCUGCCAGCCGGAAAGAAUGGGCAGAAUGGCGGCACCGACAUGGUGCAGUUGGCACAAUCCUUGUUGCUGACGGGAAGAACGCCGGAGGAGGCGCAGUACCUGAGUUCCAGCGUCGGCGACGCGCUCGUUGGGGCACUCGUGGCCGUCGCCAAGCAGAGGCCUCCAGACCCCGUGGCCUUCGUCGCCUCUUGGCUAAAGCAGAAUCAAAAGGUCCAGGACCAGCCAACCACCAGAGCUCCGAACACCACUAUACCAGCGGUGAACUCGAAAAACCGAGACAACGAGGUAGCGUCCAGAGCAAACACUAUUUCGUCUUCAGCGACAAGCGACGACAGCCUGAGGAGAGCGGGCUUCACAAACCCAUUCUCAGAGGAGGCUGCCAUCGAGGAGACGGAGCACUACAUGGACGACUACACCCGGCUAAAGGACGAAGACGGGCAGACGGUGCUGCACUUCGCCGCCUCGCACGCGCACAGCGAGGGUUGCUUCUACGCGCUCGUGCGCCAGGGUCAAGCGCUACUCGCCGAGAGGGACUGCCGUUACCGGACAGCGAGGGACGUGGCGCGCGAGGCCCAGCAGAGGGACAACGUGCUCGCGCUCGACGCGUUCGUCCUCGACGCCUUCCUGGAGCGCCGAGCGGGGCUGCUGCGCGCGCUGGCGCAUCGAGGAUACGAGCCACUGCUGCAUGCCGCCGACCGCCACGGGCGACACCUGACGGCCGUGCUGGCGCAGUUCCAGAUGACCGAUAUGCAGGCGCUCGUGCACGACAUGGACGCAUUCUUCAAAACCCGCGAGGAGCUCCACGCGUUUGUACGCAACGGAUACCUGGAGGGUGUGCAACAACUGGUGAGGCGUGACGUCAGCUUGGUGACUGCCAAGGGCACCAGAGGACGCUGCGCACUGCACGUUGCCGUACUCGUUGAGAACCCUGAUGUGGUGCGACACCUGGUCAAAGCAUGUCCAGACGCACUUCACGUCGCCGACAACAUGGGGAGGACGCCGCUGCACUACGCCAUGGCGAUGCCCCACGUGACCACCCUUGGCCAGAUCCUGGUGCAGGGAGGGGCCUCGCGCACUGCCAGAGACGUCAAAAUGCGGACGCCCAGCUACUUCUUCAUAUACAAGCAAGAAAUACUGAAGCUCAAAGAAGAGGAAACUCCCGACUAG